GUAUAUUCAAUUAAAAACGUAUUUGGUUGAUCAAUACGUGAUAUCUUUGCGAGCAUCGUUAACAAGUGUGAUUGUAGUAGAAUUGUGUACUAGAAGUGCUGAGUUGACUUCACCAAAUGUCAAAGAAUAAAUUAAAUUUGACAUUACCUCCUGGCUCGAUAGAACCAGUGCCAGCUGUUUCUCCAUCUCCACCAGUACCAGCGUUGCCUAUUUAUUCUGAGCCACCGGUUAUACCAGACGGAGUUAUGGGUAAAAUGAGUAUAGAUGCAAUUCAGGAAAGGCUAGAGGAACUAGAAAUGGACGAGGAACAAAGGAAAAGACUGGAAAGCUUUUUAGGACAAAAAGAGAAGGUUGGAGAAUUAUGUGCUGAUGACUUUGAAAAACUUGGUGAACUUGGUGCUGGUAAUGGUGGUGUUGUUAUGAAAGUGAGACAUAAAAAGUAUGGACUUAUAAUGGCUAGAAAGCUAAUACAUUUAGAAGUUAAACCUGCUAUAAAGAAGCAAAUAAUUAGGGAACUAAAAGUGCUUCAUGAAUGUAAUUUUGCCCACAUAGUUGGCUUUUAUGGCGCUUUUUAUAGUGAUGGAGAAAUUAGUAUAUGUAUGGAAUACAUGGAUGGUGGAUCAUUAGACUUAAUAUUAAAGAAAGCUGGGAGAAUUCCUGAACCUAUAUUAAGUACAAUUACUUCUGCAGUCUUGAAAGGACUAAGCUAUUUGCGAGACAAACAUGCAAUUAUGCAUAGAGAUGUGAAACCUAGCAACAUCUUGGUGAACAGCGCCGGGGAGAUUAAAAUUUGUGAUUUUGGUGUGUCUGGUCAAUUAAUAGAUUCUAUGGCUAAUUCAUUCGUUGGAACAAGAAGUUACAUGUCGCCGGAGAGACUUCAAGGCACGCAUUACUCUGUACAGAGUGAUAUUUGGUCUCUAGGACUAUCGCUCGUUGAGAUGGCUAUUGGAAUGUACCCAAUUCCGCCGCCAGAUGAAAAAACUUUAGCUGCAAUAUUUAACACUCCACCGGGACAACCACCUGCAGACAGUGUUACCACAAAUAAUACUUCUACUCCGACACAGUCACCUGGACAUAAUAGUGGUAGUCCACGACCAAUGGCCAUAUUUGAACUGUUGGACUACAUUGUUAAUGAACCACCGCCAAAACUGCCUGCUGGAAUCUUCAGUGAUGCUUUCACAGACUUUGUUGAUCGUUGCCUGAAGAAAAACCCUGCCGAGAGAGCCGACUUAAAGACAUUGAUGAACCACGAAUGGAUAAAAAAAGCUGAAUCCGAGAACGUAGAUAUUGCCGGAUGGGUAUGUCGCACAAUGGAUUUACAACCGACCACUCCAACUCGUUUAGCGAACGUACAAUCCUGA